AUGGGUUGUUUAUCGACAACAAUAUCCAAUAAAAUAUUAACUCGACUAUGGUAUCAACAUCAAACAGAAUUAGAUGAACGUGAUGAACGUAUUCAUGAUUUAGAAAUAAUUAUUAAUAAUAAUAAAUAUGAAAUAAAUGAAUUACGUUCACAAUUAGAUAAAUAUCAAAGUAUAUUUCCAGUCUAUCAAUCUUUCAAUAAAUAUUGUCAUACAGAUAAUGAGCAACAUCGAUUUGGUGUUUCAGCACCUCCAUCAACACUCUGUACACUAAUUAUAUGGGAAAAGUCCAAUUGGUAA